AUGCAAAAGGACAAAAGCGUCCAGAAACAGAGUGGAGGAACGCUCUAUUCGUCCGUGAUUAAGCUGGGGCCCCAUUCCAAAAGACCAAAGAAGGGAGAGCUUGCCAAGGUUGCCGUGGAGGCACAUAAGCAGUGGAAAGGGAAGCAUGUCGGGAACAACAGGGCUCCUGGUGUCACGACUGCGGAAUACUUCAGGGCAGGGAAGGACGACCACAAGAUUCUGAUUUCAACCUCGGAGAAGUUGGGCUCGGAAGGGGUUGGCAAACAGCAGGAGCAGCCCAAACACUAUCUCGAACAGAGCAGACCCAAGUGGAGGAACAGGAAGAACCCGGAUCACGGGCACGAGGCUAAGUGCGGCGAGAUGGGGGUGAUGGCCCUGCAUGGGAAAUGCUUUCCAGAGAAGUGGCCCCAUGAUCAGGGAGUCACAAAGCAGAGAAAGCAUAAACCGAAGCCACAAACCAAGGCGGGAAAGAGACUUUCAAAGAAGUUUAAGAAGCAGAGGACACAGAAGGCUAAAAAGGAGAGGGCCCGGGCAAGAAAGGAGAAACCCAUGAUGGUCACGGUUGGACUGAAGGGGAAGAAAAAGGGGGAACAAAAGGGGAAACACAAGGAAAUGAUUGUCCAUCCUCCUUGCACUGGGGCAAAGCCAAAUACCAACAACGCGCCGGACAGCGGGGGUUGUAAUACCGUCGUGAGACACUCGAAGCACAACAUCGUCCAUCCCACAACCCCGAUAGCUGACAGCUUCGAUCUCGGUCAAUUCGAGACAAGCCAUGUGCCUCUUGGCAACGAAGCUAGCAACGAUGGCUAG